AUGCCGGUGGUGAACACGGCAAACUUCGUCGAUCGUCUCCGUGACAUCACCAGGAGAAUCGCCAACCGUCCGGCGCUCCGAAAUGCGUCUCAACGCUGGAAUCGAGUCUACGAGACACUGGCCGUCGGAUCUCCGCAGCAGGUUCAUGCUUUCUACAAGUACAUCAAAGUCUACAAGCAAUGCAAAGCCAACGAUCUUCUAUUCAUGAACAUGACUUGUCAGUUAGCACGGGCUUCGAUGUUCCCAACCAGGAGCAUGUACAAGCAAAUGCUCAAAUUUGAGAAGCAUAUGGAUGAUCUCAUCUUGUCGGAAGGACUCCAUGGAAUUUAUGGAUCUCGCGGGAUCGAAAUUCUCUGCGGCCAUAAUGACCACUUGCUCCGAGGAUACAGAAAAUACAAGCGCCAGUCUGAAACGAAACAAGCCGAUAGAGAGAUGAAAUUGACUAGAACAGCAGAAAAACAAAUGGCUGCUCUUAACCAUGUCCGUUUCAUUUCCAAAGCACACCGUUCGACAGAAGAGCCUGAUUACCACGAGGUUCUCAUUCCGGGACAGGGACCAAUUCCUCUUAGCAACUACUUGGUCAACGAAACAGCGAUGAUGACACCGACAUCAGACGUCCAAGACAUUGUUGUCAAGGAGCUCUCAGAGGUGAAAAAAUACUGUGAGAUUUUGAAGGCGCAGAUGGAGGAGGCAGAGAAGAAGCGUGAGGAAGAUGAUGUGGCUAACAAACUCAAUGAAGUUGUCGAGAAGCUCAUUUCAACGACGACGACGACUUCAGGAGAUAAUGAUGAAAAGUUGAAGCAUGAUUCUGAUGUUGUCGCUGAAGAAGAGAGAAUGGAAGUUGAUAACGAGGCAGAAGCUGCCGAUCAGAAAUCGGAAGAAGGACCAUCGGAGGAUCAGAACAAGCCGGAAAUCUUCUUUUCGCCGGGAAUAAGCGAGAAGCAGAAGAAAGCAAUCAUGAGAAUCCUUUUGGGUGUCACUGAAGAUGAAGAUGUUGAAGAGAAGAAGACGGAGGAUGAAGAAAAGGAGGCCUCUGAUGAUGAGGAGGAAAUUGAGAAAAUUGAUGACAAGGAUGUGGAUGCACUGGAGUACGAGAUGCUCUAA